AUGGCCCUAAGCUUCCACCCGGCAACGUCCCCGCCGCUCUUCCACCACCUCGACGGCGCCGACCCGGAGGUCACCGACGCGCUGCUCGGCUUCGUCUACGACCCAGCCCUCAACGCCGGCAUCGACAGCUUCCUCGACCUCAGCCCCGCUCUCCCCGACGACCACGACGACAACCUGCGCUGCGCCAAGAGGCCUCGUGCCGGCUGCGGCGACCACGACGACCCGUGGCUGGACUUCGUGCCCGUUGACGGCCAGCCGUGGAGCAACGGUGGUUGUGUCCAGCAGCAGGCGCCGGUGCUGCCGGAUUUACUUUCCGAGUUCGUCCUGCCAUUGCCCCCGCCGCCGCCGCAGAUGCCUAGCCCGGCGCUCGUGCGCGCAGCGGGCGCCAAGAACGCCGAUGGCAACGGGCGCGGGCAGUCCGCGCCGAGCGCCGUGGCGAGGGAGCGGCGGAGGCGGAUCAGCGAGAAGACGGCGGAGCUGUCGCGGCUGGUCCCCGGCGCCCACAGGCUGAACACCGCCGAGAUGCUGCAGGAGGCCGGCCGCCACGUCAAGCUCCUCCAGGCCCAGGUCGGCGUGCUCGCCCUCAUGCGCGCCGUCGAGCAGGAUAAAACCGCGCCGUCCACGGCGCAGGAGGAAAUAAUGCACGCGCUGCUCGGCUGCGGCGGCGUGCAGGAGCGGUUGGCGGCCGAGGGCAAGUGCGUGGUGCCGAGGAAGCUGGUGGACGCCAUGGCCAAGGACGAGGACGUCAAGGCCAACGCGCUCCUCAGCAGAGACCUCACCCGGUUCAUGGGGUCGCUGCCGGAGCAGUAGCUACCGAUCGAGACGCGGAUUCCGGUCAUGGCAGCCACGCGCGCGCAUGCAUCCAUCCGUGCGCGCGACCACGCAUGCAUUGUUCGUUGUCGGUUUUUUAAGGCAACGCCGUACAUGCGCCGCCGCCGCUGUUGUACUUGUCGUGUGUGUUCGUGGCCCCUGACGACGCUGGUCUGUAGCUAGCUAAUUGGCAGGUUAAGUUGGUUAAAUUUAGCUUUGAUUUGACUCGUGUGCAGUGAUACUAACACUGUAUUUCCCCUUUAUCCACAACACUGAAUUUCGUAGACCUGACUACUACCAUGGUCUUAGUUAUGAUUGUCGAUAGAUUUGGUGAUUUUUACCGUUGAAUUUCUUUCUGAAUAAAGAGGAGCUCAGUUACAUGUCC